AUGACUUCUUCAGCAGGAAUAUACGCAUGUACCGGGAGGCGAUGGAUACUUCGUCGCUCAAGAAUGGUCGCUCACGUCCGUGCUGGCUUCUUCUCAGUGCUCCUGGUUACGGUGUCUCAGCUUCAGGCGUCCCAGGCGGCCUUCACUUGUUCCGGAGGGUAUACUUCCUGUCCGGACAAAAACUUGCAGGUUGGUGGUGGUGGUCGGGUGCAUGCUAUUCUCCACCGGGCGAUUAACCUGCCUGACGCCGACAUUCACCAGCAGAGCGGUCUCAGCGAUCCUUAUGUCAAGUUUUCCGUGGGAGCCAUCGCUGCUCAGUCAUCCGUGGUGGACGAGACUCUCAACCCGCAAUGGCAAGAGGAAAUAGAUCUUGGCUUCCACAAUUCGGGCGAGGUUGUCACCAUUGAAGUGGUCGAUUCAGAUAGCGGCUUGGAGUUCGGCGAUGACUUGCUGUACAGCGUGGAUGUGCGUGUGCCGUGGUGCAGCGCUUUCCAUGCCAAUGCCACCACAGCGGACUGCGGCGAGGAAUACGCUUACAACUGUGACGUUCAGGGAAUGGCUUGGGCGAUGCCCACGCAGCCGUGGUGCAACGAAACUUCUUGGGUCUACCUCGGGAGCACCAGCGACUCCGACGGUGGGGAGGCCGAUUGUGGCGACGACCAGGCCGAAUUCUCUUGCCUGUGGCUCGAGUUCACUAUCAUACCGUUCCAGGGUCCGCAGUGUUCGCCACAGGGCGAGCAUGAGGUGGAGGUAGAAAACACCUACGAGGGUGACCAGUUUCUCGUGACGGUUGCGGACUACGACGGGGAUUUCGCGAACGACCCAGCCUACGACGACUAUGGCGUCGUAUAUCGUAACAUACCACAGGUGAAACAUGUGGUGCACCACAACACGUUGAAAUAA